CAGCCUGGGACAUUUCAGACUUGCACCACCUCCUCUGGCUGUUUCUGAGGCCAUCUAGAGGCCAGACCCAGCCAGACUAACUGAAGAGUAAAGAGAGGACUGCAGAGUUUGGAACCUUUGUGCAGAGGAGCUCGAGCUCUUAGUGCAGAAGGCGGGAGGGAGGAAGGGAAGGAGGGCAUUGGGAGCUGAGGCCCCACCUUUCCCUUCAGCCAAGUGCACAGGCAGAGCGGGAUGAGUCACGGGCAUAGGUGAGGAGCUCAGCUCAGACUCCUCUCUCUGGGAAAACGCAUUGCGCUCCUCCAGGAGUGGCCUUGGCAAGGUGAAGGAGCCCUCUGUCUGGCCGGUCUGGUCUCUGGGGCCAGGGCUGGGUUCCCUCAUGUAUGGCAAGAGCCCUGCUCGUGUGGUGCUGCUUCUCCUUGGCAUACAGCUCACAGCUCUCUGGCCUAUAGAAGCUGUGGAAAUUUAUACCUCCCGCGUGCUGGAGGCUGUUAACGGGACAGACGCUCGGUUAAAAUGCACUUUCUCCAGCUUUGCCCCUGUGGGUGAUGCUCUCACAGUGACUUGGAACUUCCGUCCUCAAGAUGGGGGACCUGAGCAGUUUGUAUUCUACUACCACAUGGAUCCCUUCAAACCCAUGAGUGGGCGGUUCAAGGACCGGGUGACCUGGGAUGGGAACCUGGAGCGGUAUGACGCCUCUAUCAUGCUCUGGAAACUGCAGUUUGAUGACAAUGGGACAUACACCUGCCAGGUGAAGAACCCACCUGAUGUGGAUGGGGUGAUAGGGGAGAUCCGGCUGAGCGUCGUGCACACUGUUCGCUUCUCUGAGGUCUACUUCCUGGCUCUGGCUAUUGGCUCUGCCUGUGCACUGAUGAUCAUCAUCGUCAUUGUGGUGGUCCUCUUCCAGCAUUUCCGGAAAAAGCGAUGGGCUGAGAGAGCUCAUAAAGUGGUGGAGAUAACAUCAAAAGAAGAGGAAAGGCUCAACCAAGAAAAAAAGGUCUCUGUUUAUCUAGAAGACACAGACUGACAUUUUUAGAUGGAAGUUGGAGGUUUCCAAAAACAAAAACCCUCAUAUUUCUUGAAGUUAAGGGAAACGUUUCUUUGGCUUUUCCAGUUGUGACCUGCCUGCCAACCAAUUCUGCAGCACAUAUCCACUAGAUAAGCACAUCGCUCUGGAGCCAGCAUCGAGCUCUUCUUGAACAGAUACCACCAGACUCACACACAGCCUCAUUAUGAAGGUUUUAUUUAAUUUCAGAGUGCAAAUAUUUUUCAAAUGCUCAUUAACUUUUGUAAACUAAGAAGCUACAUUUUUACCUUUAAAACACUCCUUGUGGAUUAUGACUUGUUACUCAUAUAUUGGCAUCAAAGGGGGAGAUAAAAGCCAACUUGUCUGU